GUGUUAUCCCGUUACGAUAAGUUAUAGAAUGGCGACAGCUACAUCAUUGGAUAUAUCUAGACGUAAUCCUCAAGACGAAUACGAUCUAGUACAGAGGGUCGGCAGCGGAACUUACGGAGAUGUUUACAAGGCACGAAGGUUUUCAGUCAACGAGCCGGCAGCCGUUAAGAUCAUCAAACUGGAACCAGGGGAUGAUUUCGGGAUUAUUCAACAAGAAAUCUUAAUGAUGAAAUCAUGCAGGCAUACUAAUAUCGUAGCAUAUUUUGGCAGUUAUUUAAGGCGGGAUAAGUUAUGGAUAUGUAUGGAGUACUGUGGAGGUGGCUCAUUGCAAGACAUCUAUCACAUUACUGGCCCCCUUACCGAAAUCCAAAUAGCCUAUAUGUGUAGAGAAACGCUACAGGGUUUAAAAUAUCUCCACUCUCUGGGCAUGAUGCAUCGCGAUGUUAAAGGGGCUAACAUCCUCCUCACAGAAGAUGGAGAUGUAAAAUUAGCUGAUUUUGGUGUCUCAGCUCAAAUAACAGCAACUAUAAGUAAAAGAAAGUCAUUUAUUGGAACACCUUAUUGGAUGGCACCCGAAGUUGCAGCUGUCGAAAGGAAGGGUGGUUAUAACCAACAAUGUGAUAUAUGGGCCGUAGGUAUAACAGCAAUUGAACUAGCUGAACUACAACCACCCAUGUUUGAUCUACAUCCAAUGAGAGCACUUUUUUUAAUGUCGAAAUCAGGAUUUAAGUCACCUACACUAAAAGAUAAAAAUAAAUGGUCUCCAACUUUCCAUCAUUUUGUAAAAGUAGCACUUACAAAAAAUCCAAAAAAAAGGCCACCGGCAGAUAGAUUAUUACAGCAUCCCUUAUUCCAGACUAACCUUACAAAAAGGAUAGCACGCGAACUCUUAGAGAAAGUCAAUAAUCCUCAUCAGAACUAUUCUGAGCUUGAUCCAGACGAUGAAGGGGCUGUGCCAAAUGUUCCACAACGAAUUGCUUCCAAAAGAUCAGCACGAUGCAAACAAAGAACAAGAUCAGAAUUACAUAUGGAAAGUGUGAAUUUUGAUCCACCAUUGUUAACAGAACUGUCUACAGCAAAUGAACAGGGACCAGGUCAGUGUGAUAUUUCUCAAGCUUGGGGUAUUUCAGAAGAUACUGUUACGGAGGAUAAUUAUGAUCUACCGACAGCUUGGAUGGAACAAGAUACAGAAGCAGAAGUUAUAAGAAAGCUUCGUCGGAGAGUUAAUGUAGCUGGUGGGAGUGAAGCACUGUUUUGUGAUGCCUUAAGAAGUCUUCUUGAGAUUGUAGAUGAAGAAUUACUUCAAAGGGGUCAUCAAACAAGUUUAACAGAAUUUGACAGAGAUCUUCAAUUUACUCAACAAGCUACACUGCCAUUAGAAAGAUCAGAAAAAGAAUCAAAUAGUCAAAAGAAUUUAGACAGAAAUUCAGCCUUAAAAAAGGAAUCUGUUAUUAAAGAAAAUGGCCAUUCUUCCAAUGAUCUAGAGGAUGCUAAUCUUAGGUGUAAUGAACCAAGGAAUCGUCUCUCUCAAGAUGAAAAUAUGGAAGAAUACAAUACUCCACCGAGCACUCCUUCACCUCUCAUUAACGAAAAUGGGACAUUACCUUCCACUGUCAGCUUGAGGACGGAUUCUCGGCAGAAAGAGUGGAACCACGUGACACCUGAGAGCAAAGACGAACAAAUAAAUGACGUUCCACCCGAAGUUCCACCCAGGCGAAAAGAUCGGAAAAAAUACACACCACCCAGACCAGUUAGUAACGGUCUUCCUCCUACUCCAAAAGUUCAUAUGGGUGCUUGCUUCUCUAAAGUAUUCAAUGGAUGUCCACUUCGUAUUAAUUGCACUGCAAGCUGGAUACAUCCAGAAACGAGAGACCAACAUAUAUUAUUUGGUUGCGAAGAGGGAAUAUACAUCCUUAAUCUCAAUGAAUUACAUGAUGCUUCAAUGGACCAAUUGUAUCCACGUCGCACCAUCUGGAUGUUCGUCAUCAAAGACGUGCUGAUGACAGUUUCAGGUAAAACGCAGCAUCUCUACAGGCACGAUCUCUUACUUCUUUGUAGCAAACAAACAAAUAGGUUUUCCCUCCCAAUGAACAAAAUCCCCGAAAGAUUCUUUCCAAGAAAAUUUGCUUCGACCACUAAAGUACCCGAUACCAAAGGCUGUAUGCGAUGUUGCGUGGGCAGGAAUCCUUAUAACGGUUAUAAAUACUUGUGCGGUGCUGUCCCUCACGGUUUAUUUUUAAUGCAAUGGUACAGUCCGUUAAAUAAAUUUAUGCUGUUGAAGCAAUUCGAAUGCAUCAUGCCAUCGAAGUUAGAUGUUUUCGAAAUGGUCAUCACGCCAGAUUUAGAGUACCCUUUGAUUUGUGUAAACGUAAGGAAAGGGUACGAUCGUGGUCAUCUAAAAUUAGACAUGAUGAACUUAAACAUGACGGCCAGUUGGUUUGGCGAAGACAAAGAUGGAACGGAAACAAUUCUACCCAGACGAGAAUAUUUAAACAUCAUAAAUGUCACGCAACUAGAAAAGGAUACAAUUCUUGUUUGUUAUGACAACCUGGUAAAGGUUGUAAACUUGCAAGGAAAACUCAAGUCAAGUAGACGUCAGCCAGCCGAACUUCAUUUCGACUUCCCCAUCGAAAGUGUCGUUUGUCUGACGGAUAGUGUACUGGCUUUUCAUAAACACGGAAUGCAAGGAAGAAGCUUUAAAAAUAAUGAAAUAGUACAAGAAAUAAGUGAUCACACACGUAUAUUCCGCAUGUUAGGAUCGGACAGGGUGGUGGUCCUAGAGAGCAAACCGACGGAUGACCCCAACAGCCCUUCCAACGUUUAUAUUCUGGCAGGACACGAAAACAGCUAUUGAUGUUUAUGCUCCGUUUGGAUACACAUACACACACACACAUAUAUAUCACGUGCCAUGUUUUACGUCGAAGAACAACAAUGCGACGGGACUCUGUCCUCCUUGAUCGACUGUGAUCAGACGCUCAGAGAACACUUUUCUUAACCGUCGUGACGUUUUGCGUGUUUAAGUACAAAACUUGUGUCAAAAAACAAAACAAAAAAAAAAUUCUGAGACACCACCCAUUGUAUAAAGAGAUUUGCAGUGUCGGAUUUUUUUUAUUAUUAUUGUUAUUAUUGUGUGCAUUUGCCAUUCAUUAAUUUAUUUCCCAAGGUGUGAGCCAGUUUUUUGGGAUUUGGUUAUUUUCCCAAAGCCAAUGCAUAUCCUGUAUAUAAUAUAUAUAAUCUACAGUGUAUUGUAUAUACAGUGCACAUAGACAAAACACCACACACAAACACUGCUAAAGAGCUUGGCAAUUGUAACUUUACACUUUUUUUAGUUGUAGAUAUCACGCAUUUCCUACUUCCUCUAUUAAAAAAGAAAAAAAAAACAAAACAGUACCUCAUAUUCAUUUGGAUAAUUUAAGUGUAUAAACAGAACAUUAUCUUACCUAUUAUUAUUAUUAUAAUUAUAUGUCAGUUGUUUAAAUAGAUGUACGUAAUAAAACGAAAAACAAUUACACCAGACGCGAACUUAGUGGAUUAGCAUCCCGACGUAUUUAAAAAUAUAAAAAGUAUAUUAAAAAAAAAAUAUAUAUAUAUAUAUAUCGAGAAUGUAUUAUAGGACCUCAAGGGUCUGUAUGCAAGAAAACCUCAACGCAGAGCAAAAAAACACAUUUUAUUCUAUGCAGCAAUACAGAGAAUAAUAAGAGAACCACAUUGUAAAUAGGUACAGAAAUUUGUAAAGAUGGCAAAUGGUCUAUUAUUAUUAUUAUUAUAAUUAUAUUAUUAUUAAUUAUAUCGGACAUUGUUGAGUAAUUGUUAAAGAGAAACAAAAGAUUUGUUAAAAUUUGUGUUGAAGAGUAAAAAUAUAUAUAUAUAAAAAAAAAA